GCUCAGACCAGCUCGCUCACUCUUUUCCUCUUCCAUUUUUUAGGGCAAUUGUUUUGUUUGAUAGACGAAGCUUAGGGUCUCUUUGGGUUUGCAACCCUUACCCUCCUGGAAAAAAUCAUAGUUGCUAGACUGCGACACUUCAGACCAGGUACUAUUAGAGCCGCUAAUGGACGACGAGCUAUUUUCCGCUAUCCGGAGCUCAAGCAUUUGGGCCGCUAAAUGGACGAGACUCCUGCGGCAAAGGAUGCAGAGAAUGAGGAGAAAACACUCGUAUGGAGCAGGGAGUAGGUAUUGUACUACUUCCUGGUAUGGAGCACUGAGAAGCGCAAUGUGCAACAGAAAUUACCAUGGUGAUACAGUAGAUUACCGUGUGAAGCGGUGUGAGAUGCAGCAAAGCAUUAGGCGAUUUGAUCGCAGGACAAGAGAGGAGCUGAUGGACGAUCUCUCCAAUGUUCCUCUUGGUUCGGAGCGGCGCCGAGUGCUGACGUUGGAACUUGGAUCUCACUCAGCUCUGCUCUCCGAGCAUUCUGCUUCCAACACGCCGUGACUUCCCGAAAGGUAUGUAUGGUGGCUAAUAAAUAAUGCAAGAGUCUUUACAGAUUCCAGUGCUCUCAUGCCUUUUGCAAGUUCCGUUUGUAAGUCAAAUGGAACAUGGUUUGUGAUCAAUACUUCAGCAGUAGUGGUGCGAGAAUAUUCGGGUGUCAAAUUGCUCGGAAUUGAUGUAUGAUAACGGAGAAUAUACCAACAUGUGAAUCACUUGGAGAUAUGAUUUGCCAGGUUCUGUUCACACUCACUAGGCUAGACCCUCUCGAAUAUUGUACAACAGUUUUGGCCCAGGAGUGGUAAAGGGCACGGGGCAAGCUAUGUCGGGACCUGCUGUAAAGUCCGCCAUACACGAGCUGUACGUCUUAUCGGAUGGGAUAUACCCCUGAUAUUGCUGAUAAUGAAUGGCCCAGUUUCAUUGUACUGCUGUCCGCGAUAUUAUAUCCUUAGUGGCAUUGUUAACUUCUCAUUGCUUGUGGGGACGCAUGGAUCAUACGUCCAUCCAACACCUGCCAAUCGGAACCCACCGACAACGCUGUCGGUUGGGUUGGACCACAAUCGGUUGGUUUUUGAGUCCAAUAUGCCGCCUAGGUAGCACACAGCAUUGCUAAUCUGAUUUUAAAUUAGCUGCGCAAAUCCUGGCAUACUGCCCGUAAAUGCAUCUAACUCCCAGGGUACUUAUGAGUUUUUAGGUAUGACUGCUACAAAGUAGUGCGGCCCAAAUAGAACUCGGGUCAGGUGCCGAAGAACUGGGGGGGGGGGGGGGCAUGUGUCAAUGAAUGGUAAUAACUCCGGAAAUCAUGCUGAUGUAUCGAGGGCGUGGGCCAAUGAAGUGCUGGAUUGAUGGUGGACGACUGUACUGCAAUCUUGGCUGGUCCCACUAUCGCAGAGACAGCACUUCCUGGUGCAACCACCCUAUCCUGCAAUCUAUAUAAUAAUUAUUAUAAGAGAUUUGUGUGAACGAUUUUAGCAUGAUGCAAGUCAGCUUAUUGUGCUGGGGGCCUGGCUACAUGUCACUAUAGCUUUUUAUAGACUCGAUCACCGCAUUACGCUGCCUUGCGUUGACUUGAUUGAGCACUCUUUUUGGUUAGUGUCAAAGGUAUAUGUAAUAUGUAUCUGCCUUCGUGCAAAGCUCUCUUUGUGCGUGUCUUGCAGAUAGCUCGCUGACUUUGAUGCUUUGAGCCAUUUUCAAAUUGCUUUUUUUGUUCAUUUCAUAUAGACCGUAUUGCCAUUUGUUUAACCUCCCG